UUCAGUUAUUACUUCUCCUGACUCCAGCCGGUAACCAAACAGAGAGAAAAAUCAUUUCAUCUCUUUAAAACCGUCAGCUGCUAAUCUCCAUUUGUUAUGAUUCAUAGCUGGCUCAAUUUAAAGAUGAUCCUCCAAAUCUGAAGGCUGAUUUUUCCUUUUCUUUCAUCUGCUAAAAUUUAUAUUGUCGAAUGCACAUGUUUUUGCUAUUUCCUGAUUUGGAUACAAGGGCUAAAGCGUCAAAAUUCGAUAAACUUCAGUCAUAGUAUGGGAUAUCUGAAUUCGGUUUUGCAAUCUUCAAGCCAGGUUCAUGAAGUUCGACCUGUCUGUGGCGGAGGGCUUAGUCAGAAUGGAAAGUUCAGCUAUGGCUAUGCAAGCUCCCCAGGGAAGAGGUCUUCGAUGGAGGAUUUUUACGAAACUAUGAUUGAUGGUGUUGAUGGAGAGAUAGUUGGCCUUUUUGGAGUAUUUGAUGGUCACGGAGGUGUACGGGCUGCUGAAUAUGUGAAGCGCCACCUUUUUAGUAAUUUGAUCAAGCAUCCAAAGUUCAUAUCUGACACCAAGUCUGCUAUAGCUGAUGCAUACAAUCACACAGACUCUGAAUUUUUAAAGUCAGAAAAUAACCAGAAUAGGGAUGCUGGAUCGACUGCUUCAACUGCUAUACUUGUCGGUGACCGUUUGCUAGUUGCAAAUGUUGGUGAUUCCCGAGCUGUUAUCUGCAGAGGAGGCAAUGCUAUUGCUGUGUCUCGCGAUCACAAGCCCGAUCAAAGUGAUGAGCGACAACGGAUUGAGAAUGCAGGAGGGUUUGUCAUGUGGGCUGGAACUUGGAGAGUGGGAGGUGUUCUUGCUGUUUCUCGUGCAUUUGGUGACAGGCACUUAAAGCAGUAUGUAGUUGCUGAUCCAGAAAUUCAGGAGGAAAAGGUUGACAGCUCUCUUGAGUUCCUUAUACUUGCAAGCGAUGGACUGUGGGACGUUGUAUCAAAUGAGGAGGCUGUGGCAAUUGUAAAGCCAAUACAGGAUCCUGAGCAAGCAGCAAAGCAGCUGAUUCAAGAGGCAUCCCAGAGGGGUAGUGCAGAUAACAUCACUUGUUUGGUGGUCCGUUUCAUGGCCAAUCAAGGAGGUUCUUCUGCCAACGCUUCUGCCAAUGAAGCUGGUUCUCCUCGCAAUGUUUCUGCGUAAGCAAAUCAUAACCCUUGCUUGCCACCCAAGUUUUAGGUUUUGCACGGGUAUGUAUGAGGAAAAAAGGCUACUGAUGUACAUUACCUCUGUUACAUAGACGAUGUGCACGUGUAAAGGGCUUCCAAGACUUAAAAAGAUAAAAGCCCACUUAUGUGUGUUGU